UUCUAUGGCGUGUUCCUAUAGUUGCUUGUAAACAUAUGCGAAGACGCGUGUGAUGUACAUAAUCGUUUGCGAUCUGCAUUUAUUUUUAUUUUUAUUUUGUAGUAUGUCAAAGUGCAAUAAACCCUUUUAUUUUGUUUGUUUUGUAUAUCACUACUAAAUAAACAUUUCGUUAUUAUCAAUGAUUAUGGGCCCAGGAACGAUCAGUGAAGGAAUAUAACCUAAAAAAGAUAAGGUCGACCACGUGGUGAAUACGAGUCGUAUAUAAAAUGUACGGAGAAGGGUCUAAAAACGAUUUUCAUGUAACUAAAUUGUAUGAAAAUAAUUAUCUGUCGUGGACCAUUGAGAUGAAAUGGCUAUUAAAAGAUGUUCCAGACAAGGAGUACAUAGUGGCAAACAUAAAGAGGCAUUGUACACCACCAGAAGCAACACCCAAUAAAGAAAUGGACAGAGAAAAACUAAAGCAAAUUGUGUGCUAUAAGUGCAAUAAAGUUAGUCACUUUGCUUCUGAAUGCAACUCUACGUAUAAUUCAAUAAAGGAAAUGUUAGUCAGUGGACAUAUAAUGCAAACAAGUCAGCCUACUAUCCAUGAACAACGUAGAUCCGGUAUGAUACAUGGAUUUUGGACAGUGGUUGCACAAAUCGUGUAAUAGAAAAGACUGGUUUCCUAAUGAAACGUUCAAACAGUUAAAUCCAGAAAUAGUCAGUAGCCGAUCCACAGAAACAUAGUGGUUCCUGCAAGCCAACAGCAUAGAUACUAUAAUAUUGAAUAUGCAUGUUGGGUCAUUAAUGCACUUAGGACUAUGCACGAAACCAGAUAUAUUAUUUGCGGUAACGAAACUUUCUCAAUUUAAUUUAAAUCCAGGUAGAGAACAUUGAAAUUAAGUUAAACAUAUAUUCAGGUAUUUAAGCAAAACUCGAAACUACGGGAUAGAGUAUAAGUAUAGUAAGAAAAUAAAUACAGAAACUUAUUGUGAUGCCGAUUGGACAAGUGACGUAAAUGAUAGGCAUUCAUUCGCAGGUCUCGUUAUUAAAAUAGCAAACAACAUAGUCAAUUGGAGAUCGACUAAACAGAAAAGCAAAUCCACUUCCACUAUGGAAGCUAAAUAUGUUGCGAUAUCAUUUGGAGAAAAUAUGGCUGGAAAUGUUAUUUAAAGAGUUGGAUUUAAUGCAAUAUUUUUCAGGUUUUGAAUUGUAUUCUGAUAACAAAGCAGCAAUAGAUUUUUCGAAAAGCAAGAUCGACAAGACGAGGACCAAAUAUAUUGAUCUAUGUUACCACAUAGUACGAGAAAAGACUGAUGACGGAUUAAUAAAAUUGCAAUAUAUCCCAGCAGAAAAUCCAGCAGAUAUCCUGACGAAAGGGUUGAAAUCUGCAAAGCAUGAUAAAUGCGUAGAAAUAAUAGGAUUAAGACGCGAUGUUAAUUAGAUUCAUUGAGAUAUCGCGAAAUGGGGGAUAUACUGGGUUUUGGCGGGGUCGUGACAGUUACAGAUCAGCGUAUGGGACGUGUUUCUAUAGUUGCUUGUGUGAACAUGCGCGAAGACACGUGUGAUGUACAUAAUCGUCUGUGAUCUACACUUAUUUUUAUUUUUAUUUUAUAAUAUGCCAAAGUGCAAUAAACCCUUUUAUU